CUUGAAAGCUUGACGGCGCUUGCGGCUUUUAGGUUUGCCGGUAAUUUUGAGGCGCGAUUCGAUAAAUCCUCUGGAAAGUCUAAGUUUUUUUCAAGAUAAAAAAUGCCGCACUCGCUAAAGGAUUUUGCUGAUGAAAACUUCACGACCGGUGUAUGUGACUGGAAAAAUGCUCUUCGUCUGAACAUGUCCGAUGACACGCUCGAGUCCGGGUACAUUAUGUUAUUGUAUCUUGUAGCUUUUCCAGUUCUUCUCUUUUGUUGCACCAUCGGAAGUAUCUUUACAGUCGCUGCUAUUUUAAAUGAUCCAUCACAACGGAAAACCUCCACGGCAGUGUAUAUGAUCGCAGCAGCCAUUGGAAAUUUAUGUAUACUGUGGCCUCUCCUCCCAGAGUACUGUUUGUUGCUGGAGGCAGCCAUUUUCUAUGGGUUUCCGUAUGAUGCGGAUAAAGCAACGUAUCCUUGGGCGGUUUCCCAGUCAUUUGGCUUUGCUGAGUUCCUGGGAAGUACCGCUCUUCAGUUUGUAGAUUGGACUUUAAUAAUCUUUGCUUGCGAACGAUUAUUCAGCACAAUGCGGCCGCUAAAAGUUUUCUCCAGAACACGAUCUUCAGCCUGGAAAUGCGCGGUAAUAAAAGAAGCCAUUAUUUUAAUUCUGGCUGCAGCAUUUUCCUUAAAUUAUUUAUGGACAUUUUAUUACUGGUGGACUUCGCCAACGUACAAUGGCAAUGAGGGCGAGAUGCUGUUGGCUGUUCCUUCGCUGAAAACCUGGAGCAUUCUGCAAGCGAAUGCUGAAACAAUAAUGCUGAUUUCCAAACGCCUGUUGCUACUCUUGAUUAACGGGGUGCUGAUCUUCGUCUUGCGGAGACAUCAAAAAAGCACGAGAAGAACGUUGUCUUACCGUGCAAGUUCUCGAACAGAAAAUGCCAACCACAUCGUGCUGGGCAGUCUGGUAUUAUACUUGGUCACCCAACUGCCUUUUGUGGGCUACGAGUUUGCUCAAAUCGCCAGCCGUCCACCGUACUGCACCUUGGUCCUAACCGAAGCCGAGAACAUCGGUGCCCGUGAUAUUGUGCAGAUUAUCAGUUGGGUGGAUUAUUCGGCUACAUUUUGCGUCUACUAUGCAUCCAGUAGCAAAUUUCGUCAGCAGUGCACAAAUCUGUAUAGACGCACACUGAAGUCCAGUUGUCGGUUUUGUUGUUCUCGUAUUUCCGAAGGCGGUGAUGGAGGUUCAUCAGUUGGGACGAUUAUUCUUGGCACUGUUACCAGUAACUCGUCCACGGAAUAGUAAUAAGCUGAUUAGGCUCUACACUUUUUACCAGUACACUGUGUAGAUACUAGAAACCAAGAUACAAGUACAACCUUCCAGUGAUGGGCAGAUGUUGGGAUGCCAGAUUUUGGUUAUGAGCGGAACACUGUCGUUCGUUGCAGAUAGUUUUCCAGAACUUAAAUAUGCAGGAAAUUGCCGCCUUAGUAAAUAGUUCCGACAGGCGCAACGAUGGUUCCCGUUAGAGUUCAACAUUUCCAAGCAUCUCCCAAGAUACGACGCCGUGGUUGCGGCCAGUUUCCUUGGCCAAAUUGGUCAGUUCAGCCGGCCGACGGUUAUCUCUGUCCUCUGUCUGCGCUCUUUCAUUCAGCUGCGCAAAUAGGAUAUGGCCGGAAAAUGGGUUUAGAUGUAAAAUCAAAUUUGGCUUCCAUUGCAAGCGACAUUCAACUCAAGUGUCGGGAAGCCACAUGAAGGCCGGUUAUCUGUUGUUAAAAAUGUAAAGUGAAAGAAUGGAAGUGAACGGUUGUUGAGAAAAGCCGAAGGAAGCGUCGUUAACGGCCUAAACGUCAGCGAGCUAGUCGCCAGGUAUUCUCUUACCACUACCAAAAGAUUGGUAUUAAAAGUCAUCCAAAAAAAGUUGCAAGAGAAUCCGUGAUUUGAAGAGUCGUGCAGCCGUGGGGCGAUUUUCGAAUUAUGACAUCGGCUGGGAAAUCAUCGUAGGUCCAUAGCAACACGGGUUUUCCCUAUCGCUUUCUAAA